UUCUUGGUAGUUCCGUCACGUGGGUCCACAGAGACGUAACAGACUCGGCAAUCGCCACCAUAAAUUGCAGCCGUCUGGUUAGGCGUUCUCAUUCCGUCGUUCCUCUUCUUCUCGUAGGAAAAAGAAAAAGCUUCUGAAACCCUUCUCUCUCAAGAUGCAGAUCUUUGUAAAGACACUCACUGGUAAGACAAUCACUCUCGAAGUUGAGAGCUCAGAUACAAUUGACAAUGUUAAGGCCAAGAUCCAGGACAAGGAGGGCAUCCCACCUGACCAGCAGCGUCUAAUCUUCGCCGGCAAGCAGCUUGAGGAUGGCCGCACCCUGGCUGAUUACAACAUCCAGAAGGAGUCAACCCUCCACCUUGUUCUCCGGUUGAGGGGUGGAAUGCAAAUCUUUGUGAAGACUCUCACAGGCAAGACUAUCACACUUGAGGUUGAGAGCUCAGACACAAUCGACAAUGUCAAGGCCAAGAUCCAGGACAAGGAGGGCAUUCCCCCAGACCAGCAGCGUCUGAUCUUUGCUGGUAAGCAGCUUGAGGACGGCCGCACCCUUGCCGACUACAACAUCCAAAAGGAAUCCACCCUUCACCUUGUGCUCCGUCUCAGGGGUGGGAUGCAGAUCUUUGUGAAGACCCUCACUGGCAAGACGAUCACUCUCGAGGUUGAGAGCUCUGAUACGAUUGACAAUGUCAAGGCCAAGAUCCAGGAUAAGGAGGGCAUUCCCCCAGACCAGCAGCGUCUUAUCUUUGCUGGAAAGCAGCUUGAGGACGGCCGCACCCUUGCUGACUACAACAUCCAGAAGGAAUCCACCCUUCAUCUGGUUCUCCGAUUGAGGGGUGGGAUGCAGAUCUUUGUCAAGACGCUGACUGGCAAGACCAUCACUCUUGAGGUUGAGAGCUCCGACACAAUCGACAAUGUAAAAGCCAAGAUCCAGGACAAGGAGGGAAUUCCCCCAGAUCAGCAGCGUCUGAUCUUCGCUGGCAAGCAGCUUGAGGAUGGCCGCACCCUUGCUGACUACAACAUCCAGAAGGAAUCAACGCUCCACCUUGUGCUGCGUCUGCGUGGUGGCAUGCAGAUCUUUGUCAAGACCCUCACCGGCAAGACUAUCACUCUUGAAGUCGAGAGCUCAGACACCAUUGACAAUGUCAAGGCGAAGAUCCAGGACAAGGAGGGCAUCCCUCCUGAUCAGCAGCGUCUGAUCUUUGCUGGCAAGCAGCUUGAAGAUGGAAGGACUCUGGCGGACUACAAUAUCCAGAAGGAGUCGACACUCCACCUGGUACUGCGGCUGCGCGGUGGGAUGCAGAUUUUUGUGAAGACACUUACUGGGAAGACCAUCACUCUGGAGGUGGAGAGCUCGGACACUAUUGACAAUGUUAAGGCGAAAAUCCAGGACAAGGAGGGGAUCCCACCUGACCAGCAGCGCCUCAUCUUCGCUGGUAAGCAGCUUGAGGAUGGUCGCACACUGGCAGAUUACAAUAUCCAGAAGGAAUCCACCCUUCACCUUGUCCUCCGACUCCGUGGUGGUUUCUAAGUCAUGCCAUGUUUCAAGUUGAAUUGGGUCUCUGAUGAUUUAGUUCGGUAAAAACUCUAUGAUGCUUAGGUUUGAAGUUUGUUAUGGUUGGUUUCAAGGUUUUUAGUUUUCUUCUUAUGAACUCUGUGAAGUUGGUAGACUGCUUCUCUUUCUAUGUUGUAGUUGUUAAUAAAUCUUCAUCUUAGUUUAAA